CCCCGCACCGAGCGCUGCUCCCGCCGCCCGCCCGGCACCGACCGCACCGCACCGCGCCGCUCCCGCCGCCGCCCCGGCCGGGAGCCCCUGACCCACCAUGACGUUCAAGCAAGCGUCCAUGAUGGCCCCAGAGGCCACAGCCAGCACGCUGCCCAUGAGCACCAUGGAGAACUCCACCGAGGCUGCGGGGCCGGGUGAGAGCAAGGAGGACAUGUUCACCAAGCUGAGGGACAAGUUCAUGAACGAGCUCAACAAGAUUCCCUUGCCACCCUGGGCCCUCAUCGCCAUCGCAGUUGUGGCUGGACUCCUCAUCCUCACCUGCUGCUUCUGCAUCUGCAAGAAGUGCUGCUGCAAGAAGAAGAAGAACAAGAAGGAGAAGGGCAAAGGCAUGAAGAAUGCCAUGAACAUGAAGGACAUGAAGUCAGGCAACCAGGACGACGAUGAUGCAGAGACGGGUCUGACAGAGGGGGAAGGUGAGGAAGAGGAGAAGGAGCCGGAGAACCUGGGCAAGCUGCAGUUCUCGCUGGACUAUGAUUUCCAGGCAAACCAGCUGACAGUGGGGAUCCUCCAAGCUGCUGAACUGCCAGCUUUGGACAUGGGUGGCACCUCAGACCCAUAUGUCAAGGUGUUUCUGCUCCCUGACAAGAAGAAAAAGUAUGAGACCAAAGUGCAGAAGAAGACACUCAACCCUGCCUUCAAUGAGACCUUCACCUUCAAGGUGCCCUACCAGGAGCUGGGUGGGAAGACGCUGGUGAUGGCCAUCUACGACUUCGAUCGCUUCUCCAAGCACGACAUCAUCGGAGAGGUGAAGGUGCCCAUGAACACAGUGGACCUGGGCCAGCCCAUCGAGGAGUGGCGGGACCUGCAGAGUGGCGAGAAGGAAGAGCCAGAGAAGCUGGGAGAUAUCUGCAUCUCCCUCCGGUACGUGCCCACGGCUGGGAAGCUCACUGUCUGCAUCCUGGAAGCCAAGAACCUGAAGAAGAUGGAUGUUGGGGGCCUCUCAGAUCCCUACGUGAAGAUCCACCUGCUGCAGAAUGGCAAGAGGUUGAAGAAGAAGAAGACCACAGUCAAGAAGAAGACCCUGAACCCCUACUUCAAUGAGUCCUUCAGCUUUGAGAUCCCCUUUGAGCAGAUACAGAAAGUGCAAGUGGUCAUCACAGUGCUGGACUAUGACAAGCUGGGGAAGAACGAAGCCAUCGGCAAGAUCUUCACGGGCUUGAACUCCACCGGCACGGAGCUGCGGCACUGGUCCGACAUGCUGGCCAACCCCCGGCGGCCCAUCGCCCAGUGGCACUCGCUGAAGCCAGAGGAAGAAGUAGAUGCAGCUCUCGGGAAGAACAAAUAGGCAGCUCUGCCAGCCGGCGCGGCACCGCGGACAGUUGAGCCAGAGCUACUGAUACCUCAGUUCUGCAACCUCCCUUUUCGUUUUUGUUCUCUUUUAAGCUGAAAUGCGCUUCGAUGCCUCUGGAAGGGUAUCCAGGCAGUCCCAAUAGCUUCCAGGGGAAGAGGUUAAAGACAUGGAUGGUUCUUUUUGUUCUUCAGCAUCGCUCCCUUCUGCUGCAUGUCCCAUUGCCUCUGCUCGCCAUCUCUUCCCAGAGCAAAGCCACGGCACAGCUGGGACCUUGCCCAGCAGCUGUGUCACCAGCCUGCAGCAUUGCUGACACCAUCCUGCCCUUGGGAUCACGUGGGGAGCCAUGGAAUGUUGCAUGGAGGUGGUACUGGAGCCUGGUGGUGCGAGAUGACCAGACCCACUGUACUUGGUUGGGGCAUGACCAGCAGUGAGACAGAAAAACGGUGCAGAAGACCCUCUGAAGAGACCCAGGGGUCUGCCCCUGGACAGCUCCAGGUUUGGAUUCUCUGAGAAGAGGCUUGCAGGGGCCAUGGAUCCUGCUGUGGUGGUGGGGUGCCAAGCCCUCAGUGUUGCAGCAGGAGCUGUGGAGGCCAGUCUGGGCACAGAGAUCUUCAGGAGGGCUGUUCCAGGGAGACACAGGGUGAAAUGUGGAUGCACCAGCAGCACUGUGUGGAUCGCCACCACCACCAGCACCACAACCUCUGUUUUGUCCCCAGAGGGGCAGCGCUGGGUGAUUUGCAUCUGUGUCCCACCAUGCUUGGUGAAUCCCAAAGAUCAAAAUGCUUCCACAAGGCAGGUUUACAAUGAGGGGUCUCCAGAUCCAGGUGUGUCCCCAGAGACCGUCCAUCGCAUGUCCUGUCAUCGCUGUGGCCACCUCAGCCUCAGGGCAGCUGGGGGGCCAUGGGGAGCUCCAGCCCCACCACCUGCUGUGGGUGGAGAUGGCAAGAGAAAGCCUGGGGCCAACAAGGGACCAAAGCCCCCGACCCCCAUGAGCUGCUACUCCCCACCAGGCCACUGGCUGUUAAACCUACCCUGUCCUGCUCCCCUCGGGGGUAUAAGCCAUAUCCAUGACCCUGACAGUGGCUAAGAGCUUCUCUAGGCUACUUCUGCCACUGUCCCAGAAAAGCCUCUGAGCCAGGAAGCCAACACAGUUCUCUGCAGCUGGGAGAGGGUCCAGCAGCCCUGCCCCGUCUGUAGUGGAGCACUGAUGUUAGCUCAUGUGCCUGUCCCUGCUCCAGCUCCACAACAGCCUCACACUCUGCUCCCUUUGGCUUCCCGGGACUCAGUGCUGGGCGUUCUGGCACCGCAGCAGUGAAGGGACAAGCCCCAAAGAUGUGCUGGCACUGGGGAUGCUGCUCUGGGGGUUCAACACCUGGGCUGGGACCGUGGUGCAGGGUGUCCCGGGUCCAGGGACACAGUGCCAAAAUCAAGCUCAUCCCAGUGCUGUUGGAUGCUUUAGCAGCUCCCCCAGCUCUGACUUCCCAAAGAGCAUCCUGGCCCUCUCCAGAGGUGGGGAGACGAUGGGAAACUUGGUGGCAGUCACCAGGUUUGAAACUUGGCUCAGGGGGUUCAAAUGGACAUGGGGAUUGUCUCUGGAGGGUUGUGCAGCUCUGGGACAGGUCCCCAGGGCAGGACAUCUCCGUGGGAGGUUUGGGGCUUGGAUGGCUGAGCUGCAGUGUAGGAAGGGGAUGUUGGACAGGCACCUCUAAUGACCACCUCCACCACCACUGCAGCUGCACUUGGCCCAUGCCCUGGUGAAGGUAGCACUGGGGCCAUGCUGGGUUUGCAAGGGUCAUCCAGCCAGUGGUCUCUCAGGGCCAUCUCCAGCUUUAAUUAGUCCCUUUUCCUAAUGGAUGUGUCAUUGUCAACAGAUGGGGUCCUGCCCUGCCCUGGAGCCAAAGGGAGAAGAAGUCUUUAGAUGCUUUUAAUAAUGGGGAGCUGGAGGGGGGCCGAUGCCCCAUGGUCAGGAGCACUGGUAGGACUCACUCUCAUUUUGGGGUCCAUCCAGGCAUUGGGGGGGUUGCCUUACAUGGAAUGGGCUAAAAGAGGAGGAAUUAUAAGAAGCACUGAAAUCCUACGUUUGCAGCCAGCAAGUGUGCAUGGCCCCACAGCCUUCCCAGGGAAGCAGGUGGAGGUGUGUACACCUGCACACCUGCACAUCACACCUGUACACCUGCACACCUGCACAUUACAUCUGCACACCUGCACACGCCAGAUGCAAGAUGCACCCCCUCCUGUGCGCUGCCCUCCGCCCCUCCGCCCCCAGGCCCACUGCAUCAGCCGGGGUCUGGGGAUCCAGGCCAGGAGCGGCGAUCCCACCUGGCUGCUUUCCAUUCAGACUCUUUAAGCCUUGGGGGAGGGGGAAGACUGUGACUUUAAUACAUGAUUUAAUUUUUUUUUAAUAAAAAAGGGAAAACCAACCAACAUCCUGAAGCCAUCUGCGCUGCCUCUGACCCGCCCCUUAGCUGUGUGUAGGUAAAUUAUAUGGAGACAUAGCUGUAUAUACCACGAGCAGUGCAUGUAACAGCAGCAGCAGCAGCAUGGCCCCGGCACUGCCGUCCCCAUCUCGGCCUCCCGCCAGGGAGGAGGCGGCGACUCCAAAACCCAUCGCUCGAGAGCUCUCCACCGCCCUGAUUUCCCCCCUCCCCCCCAAAUAAAAUUAAAAUCCCCAAUUAAAUACUAUAAAAGAAGAAAAUAAUGCCAAGAAGCAAAGCAUGCCAAGCCCGACCCGCCAGCGGAGAGUGAGCUGUCACGGCCGCAGUCCAUGUGUCGUGUUCCCGUAUCUGUCGCGUUUGUCCCAUGGCCGGGUAGCAGCAACAUCGUGGCUUCGGUGUCCUGUGUCGCGUUGGUGCAUUUCACCAUCAGAGCAACUUUAGAAGCCAUAUUAGAGCACGGUGCACCGGGACCCCACGGGGACAGGCCCACGGUGAGCCGUGACCCCCUUCCCCCCAUGUGUCCGCGUCCCCCCGGUUCCGUGGGGCUCAGGCUGCCGGAGCUGCCGCGGCCUUGGGUGCCGCUGGCACGCCGGGCGAGGAGACGGGACAACGCUGGGCACAUGUUGGGGACGACCUGCUGGUGGUGAAAAGGCUUUUUGGAGCAAUUUGGAUUAUUUCUGCCAUGUCCAGUCGGUGGUCUCUGUUUUGGGGACGAGAGCUGGCACUUCCCUCUCCUGGCGGCACCGCAGAGCAAACCCAGCUGUGCCACGGAGAUGCUCCCGGGGUUAAAAAAGGAAGUGAAUCCACGAGUCUUGGCAACCUGCUUGGGUUCCUUUUCCUUUUUUCUCCCGAUCCGGGAGGAAGGAGCCAGCUCCUUCGGGAGUCGCAGGCUCGGCCGUCCUUGGUCCCGCAGUGCCGGCCCCGUCCCAGCCCCGCAGCGCUCGGCUCCGGCGGAAGCUGCUUUUAAUGCCCCUUCCCUUCGUGUGGACUCUGUCGUUCCGUCUCUGAUCGUUUGAUGGUUAUUUUGUAAUUAUUUACGUCUCCUUAUUAAAGAAAUGAGCUGAAAGGA